UUGCUGUUGUUUGUGAGUACACACACCCAUCACAGAGGACCACCACGAGCCCUGCAGCGGGACAGCUACACAGCCACCAUGAGAGAGUUCAAAAGCAAGGCUUUCUGGAGGGCCGUCCUGGCUGAGCUGGUUGGCAUGACCCUUUUUAUUUUCCUCAGCAUCACAGCAGCCAUUGGAAACUCAAAUAACAGCCAUCCAGACCAGGAGGUGAAGGUCUCACUGGCCUUUGGACUGGCCAUCGCCACACUGGCCCAGAGUUUAGGUCACAUCAGUGGAGCCCACCUGAACCCUGCAGUGACCCUGGGUAUGCUCGCCAGCUGCCAGAUCAGUGUCUUCAAGGCAAUCAUGUACAUUAUAGCCCAGAUGCUAGGCUCAGCCCUGGCCAGUGGCAUUGUGUAUGGAGUACGUCCAGCCAACAAUACUUCACUGGGGGUCAAUUCUCUCUCUACUGGUGUCACUCCAAGCCAAGCUGUGGGUAUCGAGCUCCUGGCAACCUUCCAGCUGGUGCUGUGUGUCAUUGCAGUGACUGAUAAAAGGCGGCGUGAUGUCACUGGUUCAGCACCAUUGGCAAUUGGCCUCUCAGUCUGUUUGGGACACUUGGCAGCCAUCAGCUACACAGGCUGCGGCAUCAACCCCGCUCGCUCCUUUGGUCCAGCUUUGAUCACAAAUAAUUUCGCAGACCACUGGGUGUACUGGGUGGGGCCCAUGUGUGGUGGCGUGGCCGCAGCGCUCAUCUAUGACUUCCUCCUGUCGCCCAAAUUUGACGACUUCCCAGACCGUAUGAAGGUCCUCGUCAGUGGUCCCGUGGGAGACUACGACGUCAACGGAGCCAACGACAACGCAACUGUGGAGAUGUCGUCAAAGUAGUACCAUCCCAGCACUACCAUUUAGUGUCAUAGUACUUGUCUAUACUCCUGUACAAAAGCUAUCGAAUUUACUUUAGGAUGUCAGCGAUUUGUUCUACGCUGAGAUACCAAUGAGGAUUUCUGUUGUGGUAACGGGUCAGUUAGUGCCUCAUUCUUAAGUCACUCGUUUGUUUUUUUGGCCACCACACGAUUUUUACCCAAACUGCCACUCAAGCACACACACUGAGAUUGUGAGAACGUUGACGGAGCAGCUUUUUGUGUUUAAAAAAAAAAUGUUUCCCAUAUCAGUAUUCUAUGUGGAGCCAUCUGUUUUUUGUAUGCAUAUUUCUAAGUGCCUGUAUAACUUGUUAUUUCUGAUGAAUAAUAUAUUUUGUGCACACUCUUGAAUUGUCUUUCACUUUUUUAAGUAAAUAAAACACUUGUUGGUAACAGUUGUGGCUCUUAGUGCUUUCCUGUUAUACAGUUUUCCAUAUAAACAUAGAUCAUACUGCAGAU